GCUGCGCGGAAGGAAAUCAGACAGAUUUCUAUCCCAUUAACGCGCGCCGUUCUCCAAUAUAAAUAUUUUCCCAAACUCCGGAUCGAUCCCACAUCAAUUCGUCCACUCGCGAGCCCUGAUUAUGCUUCCACGAACAUUAAAUUAGUGCAUGUGUUGUGUGAGCAGACAGAGGUGGAGAGAGAGAGAGAGAGAGAGUGAGAGACUUUUAUGUUCAAUACUAAGAGCAAAAUGACAUAAAGGGACUGUGAAAUACACACGCUUAAAGUGCAAUGAGAUUCUUCGGUGUGCUUAGAAUUGUGAUAUCGAACGCAUGCGUAAGACUUUUGGACGUAAGGAUUCCGUCUCUCUGAAAGUGUUGUUUGUUUUUUUGAAUAUCAUAUUUUACACACGCAAUUUUUCGCGUUAAUACAUCAGUGAGUUUAUUUAUAACUCGACGUAGUCGCAUUAUAUAAUAAAUUAUUAAAGCGCUAAGGCGCGAGAUAACAGCUAAUCGCACAAAAAACUGUCUCAAGUAACCAAUAUCAAUAUGUGUUGUGAUAGUUGUAAGUACAUCUUCAAUGCAUUUGUGCUCAUCACAAAUAUUUUGCAAUAUUCACACGGUCUGCACAAUUCGAUUGAGACGAGUGUGGACAAGAAGUAUUUGCAGUACAGCGACGAAGUGCAAAACUACUUGAUGAACUAUGGAUACCUCCCCAAAUCGGAUACCGAGACGGGAAACUUGAGGACAGAGUCGCAACUUCGUGAUGCCAUAAGGAAUCUUCAGAGCUUCGCAAAUAUCCCAGAAACUGGCGUCAUAGACGAGCAGACGGCGGAUUUACUCAAGAAGCCACGCUGUGGCGUCCCUGAUGAUCAGGACACCGCGGACUUCCAUGCCGGCAAUUCGCCCUCGAGGCGGCACAGACGCUUCGUUAUCUUAGGACCCAAAUGGGAUCACACCGACCUCACAUGGAGUUUGGUUAAUCAUUCCAUGCCAGCACUCGACGUCGGUCAUGUGCGUCGAGUCCUUCGCGAUGCACUGAAUGUGUGGGAGCGAAACUCAAGAUUAACAUUCCGAGAAGUGAACAGUGAUAAGGCCGACAUACAGGUGAUGUUCGCGAAGGGAAAUCACGGCGAUGGGUACAAUUUCGACGGCAUCGGCGGGAUUCUGGCUCACGCGUUCUAUCCUGGCGCCGGGCGCGGCGGCGAUGCCCAUUUCGAUGACGACGAGAAGUGGCUGAUUCACCAGAGCGAGGACGGAAGCAGCGGCACGAGUCUCAUGAGCGUGGCUGUGCACGAGUUCGGGCACUCGCUCGGCCUGGGACACUCGUCGGUGCGAGACUCCAUCAUGGGGCCGUGGUACAACGCGUACAAGGAGGAGGAACAGCUGCCCGAGGACGACCGGCUGGCCAUAGAGCAGAUCUACGGCAGCGGCCGCAAGCAAUGGGGCCACAAUCCGCAUCGGCAUCACUACCAAACCCAACCCACGACAACGACAACUACAACCACGACUACAACCACCGAGCGCCCCACGCGCCACAGAGUGUACUAUCCCGAGAGGCGGCAUCCCACGCGCAGGCCGCACUGGCCGUGGCUCCCCGACCACACCAGAACCACCACAUCCACCACCGAGAGAGUGGAGAGAACCCACCCCACGCGGCCGACCUACGACACGCCUAGGAAGCACAAGCCCGCGAAAUCGGACAAGCCAGCGACUUGCAAUACUAGCUAUGAUGCAGUAUCAGUCAUUCGAGGGGAGCUGUUCAUCUUCAAGGAUCGCUACUUUUGGCGCAUUGGCGAGAAGGGUCUUCACGCUGGCUAUCCGCACCAAAUUCGACUCCUGUGGAAAGAUAUUCCUGAAGAUUUCACUCACGUUGAUGCCGUCUAUGAGAACAAAGACCUGCAAAUUGUAUUCUUUAUAGGCAAUAAAUACUACGUCUUCAAUUCGAAUCGCCUCGACGGCAACUCUCCGCGCCCACUAACCGACCUUGGAUUGCCUGCGUCCUUGGAGAAGAUCGACGCCGCCAUGAUUUGGGGACACAACAAGAAGACCUACUUCUACAGCGGCGACCAAUAUUGGGGCUUUGACGAGGACGUGAAGCGAGUCGAGCUGGACUAUCCUCGCAACAUGUCGAACAUGUGGGGCGGCAUCAGUCACAUCGACGCCGCGUUCCAGUGGACGGACCAUCGCACGUACUUCUUCAAGGGGAAGGGCUUCUGGAAGUUCAACGAUCGCAAAAUGGAGCUGGAGCACGCUAAGCAGCCCUCGGCGCCCGUGUGGAUGCGCUGCCCGCGCACAUCCAACGAAGUCAUCCCGCCGAAGAGACGAGAUGCCCUGGUCGCCUUCUCCUCGGCGCACACCGUCGCCUACUCACUCCUGCUGCCCGCAAUCGUGACUCUCGCCCACGCAAUGCUGUGUUAAAGGAGCAAUUCUACUGCCAUAUUUUUUUCU